AAUACCCGCGAACCGGUGGGCGCAGCGGCCGGCAGGGAAGGGAAGGGAAGCGCGCGCGACAAGCCUCUUUCACGAGCGGAGCAAGAGACAAGGGGGGGUGCGAUGGGGAUGAGCCUGGCGCAGGCGGUGGCGGCGCUGGUGGGCACGUGCGCGCGGCGCCUGUCGCGGGCGGCGCGGCGGCUGCACCACCUGCGCCCGCGGGACGGGGCCGCGGCGUCCUUCUCGUCGCGCGCCAUCGUGCCGUUCCUCGGCGGCGGCGGGGGCGUGAGGAAGGCGCUCUCGUCCUCGUCCUCGUCCUCGUCGUCCAAGCCCAAGACUAAGAGGAGGAGUAAGGCGGCGGCGGAGGACGCCGCCGGUGACGGGGUGUGGCGGAAGGAGAUCAUGAUGGGGGAGCGCUGCCAGCCGCUGGACUUCUCCGGGGUCAUCUACUACGACGCCGAGGGCCGCCGCCUCGCGCAGCCCCCGCCGCCGCGCUCGCCGAUGCGCAGCCCGCUCCCGGCCUCCGUCAAGCUCGCCGCCAACGCCGGGGGGUACUAGCAAAACUAGCCGCCGCCCUCUGUAGUCCGUAGUGUCCCGCUACUACUACUGCGGUGUACAUGUUCUUCCUGCCGGUGCUCUGGGUUUGCCCUGUUUCUCCUCUUCCUCUGCUCCGGCAAAUAGUAGGCCUUCCAUUGUUCUCUGUCGUUUCACGUGUGUAGUGACUAGUGAGCACGUACGCACAAUGUAAAAUUUCGUCGAAACCUAGCAUGCAGCAUGCUCUUCUCUAAAAGUUUAAGAACCUAUCCUGAAGUUUUCGCUCCCAUAUCUUACGCUGUUUGCUUCAGCA